AUCUUAUUUAAAAAGAAUCUAGAUUUUAUUCAAUUCAAAAUGUUUGAAAAAAAAACAAUUGAGGUUUAGAUACGAUCAACGGUUAUGCUCUUCUCUCCUUUAAUAUCUCCAUAAUUAUGUAACAAUCCGUUUCAUGGGUUUCUCCUCCCUCUUCUUCUCUUCAUCAUUUUCUUCUGAAAUAAUAUUCAUUUUUUGCUUAUUCAGCUGCAAAAAAGACUAAAAGUUUAAUUUAGGAAAUGAGAAAAUGGACCACUGAUGAAGAAGGAAACAAAAAUAUAUUUUGAUCGAAGCAUCUUGAUCAAUCCUUUUUUCCACAACAUAUAAUUUUUUAUCUUAGAAAAGAAACAAAAAGUUAGAGAAAUAUCAUGUGAUUUCUGGUUGAUAGUUUGGUAAAGUGUGGCUAUAAAACAAAGCAUUUUCCGAGAAAAUCUUUUGUUUCUUUGGGAAAAAUUACACUUACAUAAGAGAAGGAGAAGACGAAAACUUGGAAGUUGGGUUUGGUCCUUUCAUAGUUAGCAAAAUAGAGGAAUCUUGAGUUGUAGUGUGAGCAUGAAGUCAUUAGAAAGAUUAGUUUCAGAGAAAGCACUAAAGCUUGGUAAUUCAUUUCCAUGUCAAAUCUGUGUAGUUGGGUUUCUAUGUGGAAUAUGUCUCACUUCACUUUUCUUAGCUGCUCUUACAACUGUUGGCACCUUCGAACUCGCCGCCUUCUCCUUCUCUUCCUCAUCCUCCUCUGCUAUUCCUCCUUGCAAUUCCUCCACCUCUCACAUCAUCAAUAUGGUUGCAAGUAUAGACCGUACACUGAAAUGGAAGAACAAAGCUGAGACAGAAGAAGAUGAUGAUGUGAAACUUUUGGUCUCUGCUUGGGAUAAUUUAUUACUAAAUGACGAAGACUUCUUGAAGAAGUUAGGUAUGAAUAAAUCUGAUGUACCAAACGGUCCACAUUUGGAGAAUUGUGAGGAGAAGGCACGAGAUAGGGAGCGAUUAGAUACAUGGAUAGCAAAUGGGACAUUCCCUUCUUGGAUAAAUGGAGGAGAUGAAGAGAACUAUCCAUUGACGAGGAGAGUGCAAAGAGAUAUAUGGAUUCAUCAGCACCCUUUGGAUUGCGGGAACAAGAGUCUCAAGUUCCUUGUAGCUGAUUGGGAAAUGCUUCCUGGUUUCGGAAUUGGAGCUCAGAUUGCUGGAAUGACUGGUCUUCUCGCAAUCGCUUUAAACGAAGACCGAGUGCUCGUUGCCAAUUAUUAUAAUCGAGCAGAUCACGAUGGUUGCAAAGGUUCUUCCCGUGGAAGCUGGUCUUGCUAUUUUCUACCAGAAACAUCAGAGGAGUGUCAGAAACGAGCGUUUGCUAUUGCGAAGAACAGAGAAGCGUGGGAGAGUGGGAUUGUCACAGGGAAACAAAACUACAGCACAAGGGAGAUUUGGGCUGGGCCUAUACCAAAGCUAUGGGGUAAGGCUUGGAGUUAUAUGAAACCCACUACAGAGAUCAACGGAAGUUUAAUCCCCAGUCACCGGAAAAUGGAUAGGAGAUGGUGGAGAGCACAAGCAGUGAGAUACUUGAUGAGAUUCCAAACAGAAUACACUUGUGGUCUAAUGAACGCUGCUCGACACUCUGCCUUUGGAAAAGAAGCUGCCGAGAUUGUACUCUCUGCUGGAGAUUGGAGAAAGAAGAAGAAGAAAAGGACAGAGAUUGAGAAACAGGUGUGGUCGGAUCACAAGCCGUGGAUUCCAAGGCCAAUGCUGAGUGUUCACGUGCGGAUGGGAGACAAAGCAUGCGAGAUGAGAGUUGCAGCUUUAGAAGAGUACAUGCGUUUAGCUGAUCAGAUCAGAGAUCGGUUUCCGGAGCUCAACAGGAUCUGGCUCUCUACAGAGAUGAAGGAAGUUGUGGACCGAACUAAAGAUUAUACUCACUGGAGAUUUUAUUACACGCAAGUUGCGAGACAAGUCGGUAAUAAAUCAAUGGCUGAGUAUGAAGCGAGCCUUGGGAGAGAGAUGAGCACGAACUAUCCUCUGGUUAACUUCUUAAUGGCGUCCGAAGCUGAUUUCUUCGUCGGGGCAUUGGGUUCCACAUGGUGUUUCCUCAUCGACGGUAUGAGAAAUACUGGUGGAAAGGUCAUGUCUGGUUAUCUCAGUGUUAAUAAAGACAGGUUCUGGUAACUUUACGGUUCCGCUGUGUACAAAACAAGACUCUUAUCCUUAUUUCUUCAUCUGUUGUACAAAGAGUUCUCAGUAUAAUAAAGGAAGGUUUUAGUAAUA